ACAUGCCAGUGUUUGCUAGCACAGGCAGACAAGGCAGAGGGAGCCUUGGUGUCAGCUGCUCAGUUGGAACAAACUGUCAUCUCGGAGUUCUCACGAUGCCUAAUGCAGAUCAUUGGCAGCUACACGUCACGAUCUAGAGGUCCAGCUGACGCUCGCGCCUCGCUGCCUCGUCUCAGUCUUGUCCGUCGCUGUUGGUGUGUGUCGCAUUUCUGUUUUCAGUGAAAAACGGCAAUGGCUUUCGCUGUGCAGAUUCGUCAACAGCUGCAGGCGCUUGUUUCGUCCGGCGGUUCCCACAAGGACCAUGACAAAAACAGGGUUGUUCUGGAGUCCAUUCUGAAAGCAGGCAAUGAGAGUGAUGUUGCAGAAGGACUUACUUAUACUUACUUUCGAUACUUUCGAAAAUUCUGCCCAUUAACAGCAGGGCUGAAGUCGGCUUCCGCCUGUCCCCGUCGAUCCCACUGUCUCUUCCCUUUCCUGUUCCUGGAGUACUUCAGGCAAGUUGUGAAGGAGAAUGUCAGUCUGGUAAUAUCUCGCCAGCUGCUCUCAGACGUCUCUACGCAACUCACAUCCAUGGCUGAUGGUGUGGCAAAGACAGUAGCCCACUUCACUCUUGAUAAAGUUCAGCCUCAAGUCAUCAGCUUUAAGGAACAAGUGGCCAGCAUCAGGCAACACCUUGCUGACAUAUAUGAGAGGGAGAGUUCCUGGAGAGAAGCAGCAGCUGUUCUUACUGGAAUUCCUCUCGAAACAGGACAGAAGCAGUACAGUGUUGACUAUAAGCUGGAAACCUACCUCAAGAUUGCCCGCCUCUAUCUGGAGGAUGAUGACCCAGUGCAGGGAGAGGCAUAUAUUAACAGAGCCAGCAUCCUGCAGGCAGAGUCCAAGAAUGAACAGCUGCUCAUCUACUACAAAGUUUGUUAUGCAAGAGUUUUGGAUUACCGACGGAAGUUCAUAGAGGCAGCCCAGAGGUACAAUGAGUUGUCUUACCGACCCAUCAUUCAUGAGGAUGAGAGGAUGGAAGCUUUGAAGAAGGCUCUCAUCUGUACUGUCUUAGCUUCAGCAGGUCAGUUUGAGAGAAAGAUAGAGCAGUGUGUCUUGUUGCAGCGAUCCAGGAUGCUGGGGACGCUGUUCAAGGAUGAGCGUUGCCAAAAGCUGCCCUGUUAUCAUAUCCUGGAGAAGAUGCACCUUGACAGGAUCAUCCGCCACAAUGAACUCACAGAAUUUGAGAACAUGCUGCAGCCACAUCAGCAGGCCACCACAUCAGAUGGGUCUACCAUUCUGGACAGAGCUGUUACAGAACACAACCUGCUGGCAGCUAGCAAGCUUUAUAACAACAUAACAUUCUCUGAACUUGGGGCUCUCCUUCAAAUAUCUCCAGCAAAAGCUGAGAAAAUAGCCAGCCAGAUGAUUACUGAGGGACGCAUGAAUGGGUACAUUGAUCAGAUUGAUGGCAUCCUCCACUUUGAGGCACGUGAUGUCCUUCCUCAGUGGGAUAAGCAGAUCCAGUCUCUCUGUUUCCAAGUGAAUGGCAUCAUUGAAAAAAUCAAUAUUGCACAUCCAGAAUGGGUGGCUAAGGUUAUGGAUGAACAAAUGAUGCAAUGAUAGAACAAAUUCCAGACUAGUGUUAUAAUUUGUUCCAUCCACACUGGCGGCAGCUUCCAGCUUCAGGCGGGACAGUUGGAGCUCUCGGGUUGAGACGGGCACCAGGGGAGCGAGCCUCUGACGCGCGCCACACCGCCCCUCGCAAACACCACCCGCGCCUCCCUCACACCCUCGCCGAACACAACAAUACCCCAACGGCAGCAGUGGUUUUGUCCUUGCCCGGAACGUGAACACACGAUGAUCCGCUUUGAGGAGGACAGUGGGGCAUUCUCUUGCCUCACAGCAGACUGCAAGAAACAAGAUCCUUCAACCCCAAUCACAGGAAGAGGCAGGAGGGAUGCGGCAGACAGCAGAUGAUGGCAGGUGACGGCAGCCUCGUGGUUCUCUUCCCUGUUCCUUGGUGGCGCUGCUUCACUCCUUACCGCCUGGUGUCCCCGCUCGGCUCUUUUCACGACUCGCAACGAGGGAGAAAGGUCGAAGUGCGGUGGUCUCGUGGCGGAGGGCUGAAGGAGGCGGUGAAGGAGUGAAGGUGUGAAGUGUGCAGCUUCCACUUCAUCAUCCCAUGAACAGCCCACAGGAAUCUCUACCAGCACCUGGUUAUUAAACAGUGUUGUCACGCCAGGCCCAAUGUACUCCAUUGCAGUCAGGGAGUCAAGCUUCACCAGGAAAAGAGGCAGAGCGUCACCACCUUCAAGCCCCACAAGAGGUAUUAAGUAUCGUUGGGACAAAGCAAUCAGGGAAGAGUCAAGUUGCAGUAAGAAGAGUGUGUCAAGAAUUUCAAGCAGGAAGAACACGUAAAAUUCCCUUCGGUCAUGGCGGGACCGACAGGCAACCUUCAACACUUGUGGAGGCACGAGAGCUGCAGGUACGUUUCACAAAGAAGAGGUUGCUCAAGGUCACUCAAGUUGACGCAAGGACACAAGAAUUGGCAAGUGUUGUUGCUCCCAGGCCCUGCUGCAAGAGUUCUCCAGUCCACUCCAGUCUGGGAAGGAAGAAUAUAUAGUAAGUCCCUCUCUUCUGUACUCAACAACCACCACCACCACCUUCAUUCAGGCUUGGGAUAAGUUUUGUACAUUCCAGCACUUCAGUAAUAAGGAAAAAAAGUGCCAUGUUUAUAUUAUUGUUGUGUAUUUAUUCACUUAACAUUCACAUUAAAACAAUAAACAUUCAGUAUACCAUCUUGAACAUAA